AUGAGACCGACAUCAGUAUCUUCUACUUCAAAUUCCUCCAUGUCAUCUGCUUUUUCAGAUUAUAGCUCAGACGACAACAUCAAUAACGCAAGCGCCAAUUCUUCUCAACAGUUCUUUGCCAAGCUUGUCAGAGACACACGUUCAAAAGUGGGACAGAAGACAUCCGAAAUAAAUGCGACUAUGCAAGAGAAACUUCCAGAAUGGAAAUCCAGAAGUGUCAUGUAUUCAAAUAAAGCAAAAGAAGCUAGUAUCGAGUGGGGUAGAAAAGGAAAAGAAGCGGUUGAUCGAUGGAAGAAAGAACGCUUAGAAGCGCAAUCUUCAUCUUCAAUUACUUCAUAUCGUCCUAUGCAACAAUCAACUGAAAAUUCAAUAUUUGGAAUGCCACUUGAGUUAGCUGUCGCAUUAACCAAGAUACACAAUGAUGAUUUAGUGCCCGGCAUAUUUAGAAAGUGUAUAGAUUACCUUAAUCAUGUUGGCAUACACGAAACGGGUAUUUAUAGAAUCUCUGGGAGUACUCUUGCUGUGAAUAAGUUAAGAGACGAGUUUAAUGAAGGCAUCAAUGUUAACUUUGAAGAAACUUGUCCAGACCCUCAUGUUGUAGGGACAUUAUUAAAGUUAUAUCUAAGAGAACUUCCUGAACCUAUUAUUCCACCUGAUUAUACUCUGCAAUUUACAGCUAUUUUAAAAGACGAAGAGCCACUACCUCAAAUACUCAAGGCAAUCCAGUCCAUUCUAUCCAAACUCUCCAUCUAUAACUUUUGCAUUCUGCAGCUUCUAUGUCAGCAUUUAAAAAGAGUAGCCGAUAAUGAAAAAGACACGAAAAUGUCUGUGUCUAAUCUAGUUUUGAUCUUUAUUCCAACCUUAAAUAUCGACAGAACACUAUUUCAGUACAUGAUUGAACAUUAUCACGAAUUAUUUGAAAAUGGAAACGGAAAAAAGCCGGCUGGCCCGGCUAAUGUCCCUCCGCCGUUACCACAGAAACCACGUAACCUGCUGAUCGAUAUGAAAUCUAUGACGACAGGAACGCCCAAAAAGGUUGCUCAUACAAAGACAAUGUCAGAUACAGACAUGUAUAUCCACACCAUAAAAAAUAAUCUUAGCAAGGUUCCUCCUCCAAAACCUAGCCGAUCUCCGGCUUCUGCUUCAAAUCAAAACAGUCGUCAACCGCCUCCAUUGCCGCCUUCUAAACCACGAUCCAAGUCAGUGUCAUCACCCAUUAGAAGAGACAAUACCAUCCUUUCAUCCACUCCACCUGUGCAAACCCAUUUUGCAGAUACCAUCUGGAUGCAAAGGGGCCGUGUAGAGGCAAUCGGAAAACAGUUUGAGACGCUUAUAAACAAGUCACAAACAAUCCCUUACAGCCGUAAAAACAGUCGAACAUUUGAAGGCAAAAUAAAUUAGCAAACUUUCUUUGUUUUCCUCUCGUUUUUUCUCUUUUUUACUGUGAAAAUAAAACGUUCCAUCGGGAAUUAUCACUUGGGC